AUGAAUUGCCCAUGUCAUGGAGACAUUCUUCUUGUUGGGGAAGGGGAUUUCUCUUUCUCUGUUGCCUACCAGAGACAUUUUGUCCAAUGUGAUAUAGUAUCAACAAGUUAUGAAAGUGAGGAGACAAUAACCAAACACAAACAGGCAGAGAAAAACGUGAAUCACUUGAGAAACACAGGUGUGUUGGUUCUGUACAAUGUUGAUGGAAGAUGUCUGCAGGCUAACCCAGUCAUUGGGAGCAGAAGGUUCAGCAGAAUCAUCUUCAACUUUCCCCAUAUCGGAGGGAAGUCCAACAUCAAGAAAAACAGACUUUUACUCAAAGAAUUCUUCUGCAGCGCUGUGACUGUACUGGCAGAAGAUGGAGAGAUAAUUGUGUCUCUGUGCAAAGGUCAGGGGGGCACGCCUCUAGAUCAACCAAUGAGAGAGUGGCAUGAUACAUGGCAAGUUGUUGCUAUGGCAACCUAUGCAGGAUUAAUUCUUCGUAAAGCAGAAAUGUUCCAUGCUGAAGACUAUCCUGAAUACAGUAGCACAGGUUUUAGGAGUCAGGAUAAGAGUUUCCACCAUGAGGGUGCUGUUGUCCAUGUUUUCUCUCGUCCAGCAAUAGACAUGACAAGAUUACAGCAGAGUAAGACCUGUGUGCCUUUCUGUGCAAAUGGAGAAUGUGGAGACUACAUAAAGCUGAAAGUGGCCAGGAAAGUAUUGAAGGAAGAAGGCCACCCAAUAUAUGAUGCCUACAUACGUCUGCUUCAUCAGUUGCAAAGACAGCACCAGGAAGUGUCCAUCUUUCCAUUAGAAUCAGCUGACAACAUGUUAGUAAAAUAUGACACAAACAGCAUUAAAAGUUGCCAUUAUACAGCAUAUGAUUGUACACUACCGGGUUACAGUAUGGGAAGCGAUGAUUUGACAACACAACAGGUUGACACAGGUGAGAAGUCACCAGGUGGUGUUCCUGUAAGUUGUAGUCUUUCCAAAGAAAAGAAUGAAUUACAAGGGCAGACUUCAGUGAUAAGGAGCAAUCUCCUGGAGCACCUUUUUAAUAUAGUUUCAUCGGAGAAACCAGGGGUUGUCAAUGUUAUAUCUGGCACUGUGUGUCACAGAACACCUAUUGCUGAAUGUAGACUCCCUGUGGGACAUCAAACACUCAUAGCUUGUGACAGGACUGGAGUAUUAGAUGUGAAAUGCAUUAUUCAAAAUUUAUGUGGGGAUAGCAUUUCUAAUAUCAUUGUUGAAAAAUAUGAUUCUAACUGCACUAUCUGCACAUGUAUGCUGGCACAUUUUGAUACAACAGAAAGCGUGACUGUGAUUUUAUUGACAGCAGGGGGCACCACUAGUGUUGUAAGCUGUAUUGGGACAGUGACAGUGGAGGACAGGACAUUGGAGGUGGCAGUCAUUGAAUUGGAUAUUUUAGCUGUGUUUUUGUUUUCUCUCCCAGACAGAAGACUGCUGUGGUCAUUGGACAAAGGGAUUUAUAGUCUGGUACAUGAUGGAAAGGAGUUAAGUUUAUAUCCUCCCGUAUAUUGUCAUGACAUGAGUUUCUGGGAAAAAAUUGAUUGUGAUUUUGAGCAGAUUGAGUUGGACAUGCAUGACAUCAUACGAGGUAUUGCAGGUGACUUAAUAAAAAGUGUUUAUCUAAAAGAUGAAUAUCAGUGUGUUGAAACAGGCCAUAGAAGUCGUUGCUACAGGAUGGUUUUUCAGUCGUGUGAUCAGCCAUUAUCGUACCACCAAUCACACAACCUGCAGAAAAACAUUCGACUUCGUGUUUCUGAGUUGCUAGGAGUGACAUUGCGGUAAAGUUGCAGAUGACACAAAAGAACCCUUAAGUUAUUGUGAUUGGAUAUUUAAUUUUGCAAAUAAACAGUAUUAUGUAGGUUCAAAAUCUACCACAAUGUUUUUUAAAGUAUCAGCAUCGUACUGUAAUUAAUAUUUUAAAGUAUCAGCAUCAUACUGUAAUUAACUAAACAGCAGUUUUUGUUCUUGUUUAUCAGAGCUCCUGAUACAUGUAGUGAAUCACAGUCAGCAGACAACAGAAGGAUCAGAAGCAAGAUCUACUAAAAUAUUUUGAGCUACAUCCUCACUCUGUUUUAGUUUCUGUCAUAUUUACUUUUGGUUAAGGGCAAAUUUAUACUUUGUCUACCAUAAAGCAUUUUCUGUUCAUGUUUCAGACGUUUUUUUUUUUUUUUAAGAAAAAGUCUGGCUGUAUUUACAGCUUAUACAAUGCCAGCAAUUUUCAGAAGUUUUGUGCAAUCCUCCUGAACAUGAUUUUGCUCCUCGACCCUCAGCAUGUUUCUGUUUUUCCUUCUCAGCAUGUCUCUGAUUUUCCUCUUCAGCAUGUUUUUGUAACUGAACAUAAAUGUACAAAUGCAUGUUAGUUUUUGGACAUAUCACUAUAACAUUGGAAGUCAUAGGAUUGUUGUCAUCUUUACAUAUUGUUAUAGGGUUUAUGUGAGUGGGAGGGGGAUAAAAUGGGCAUAACACUGGGCGUAUACUACAUGAACAAUAGCCAUUUUAGGGCCAUGCUUCUCAAUAAAAGUUUCA